GGUGUCUGUGUGCAGCCCAGGCCCAUGGGGCUCCAGGCCUUCAGUGUCUUGGUCAGGAGCAUGGAACCUCUGCCAGGAUGGGAGUCUUCACCCUGGAGCCAGGCCCCCACAGCCAACACCUUCAGGCUGGGGCUGUGUGUCUUCCUUUUGAACUUCCUGUCCUGUGUCGCUGUUGAGCCCUUAUGCAAAGAGGAGGAGUAUUCUGUGGGGGACCAGUGCUGCCCCAUGUGCCACCCAGGUUACUAUGUGAAGCAAGCCUGCAGUGAUCGGACAGGCAUAGUGUGUGCCCCCUGUCCCCCACAGACAUAUACUGCCCAUGCAAAUGGUCUGAGCGAAUGCCUAUCCUGUGGAGUCUGUGAUCCAGACAUGGGCCUAGUGACCUGGCGGGAGUGCUCCAGCCGGGAGGACACCGUGUGCCGCUGCAUCCCAGGCUACUUCUGUGAGACCCAGGAGGGAGACCACUGUUCCACGUGCUCACCACACACCAACUGCUCUGUGGGACAGAGGGUACUGGAGAGAGGUAAUUACUUCCAGGACACUGUCUGUGCUGACUGCCCGACAGGGACCUUCUCACCUGGAGGGGCUCAGGAGGAAUGUCUGCCCUGGACCAAGUGCGAUGCAUGGUAUCUGAAAGCAGAACAUGGGACCAGCAGCACAGAUGCCACCUGCUCCUUCUCCGGGCUGUUCUACUUUAUUUGUUUCUGCCCUUUGGGCGUUAUUUUGGUGGUUGUCACAAAAGUCAUCUACUUUAGAAGAAAGACAUCACAUACCAGACCAACAGCCAGGGAAGUGGAGCCCUUGCAGAGGCAGGAAAAAGACAACACUGUCAAGCUUCCUGUCCUUGAGGUUGGGUCUGCUGCAAUUGAGGAGGAGACAGCUUUCAACCAUGUGAAUUCUGGGUGAUGAGAACCUUGGAGACCCUGGAUGGAAACUUCCAUAUGCUGUGGAGCAUGGCUGCUGCCCUGGGCUGCUCCGGCACCGCACUGCAGGGGAGAUGUGGUUUGGCUCAGAGUCGAGGAGUUGCUUUGCCAUUCUAACUGUCAAAUGGGGUCCAGGAGCCUCUACAUUUUCCAUCUAAAAUCCUGGGAGGUGGUGACCCAAAGCCUCCAGUAUCAGUGACAGCUACGACUGACCCUACUGCCUGGCUAUUCCUGUCAGCUCACAGCAUCGGUCUAAACCCUAGGCUGCUGCCUGCCCUGAACAGGCGGGCUGGUGAGCGCGGCCUCCCGGGUCUGGGGAACAUCCCGUGAGACGUGAACCAGGGGAUUCAUUUAUUUUGAGGGUCUGGGGCUGCAAUCCCAGACCUUGACCAUGCAAGGCUUUGCCCCUGAGCUAUAUUCCAAGCUCUCUCUUCAUUUCUGUUUUGAGGCAGAAUUAUAUGAAAUUGUCUGGGAUCACUUUGGACUCAUUCUGUACUUUGGGCAAGCCUCAAACUUGACCUCACUACCUCAGCCUUUCAGCGAUUACCUCAGUGGGCCUCCAGGCUGGGACAAGAUUCUUUUCUGUUCUUUUCUUCUCUUUCUGGUGCGCGUGUGUGUGUGUGUGUGUGUGUGUGUGCGUGCGUGUGCGUAUGCAGGCUAGAGGUCCUUUGUGUAAUAUUCCUUAGUGGCUAACUAUCUUGAGCCAGCCUGGGGCUCACCAAUUCAGCAAGACUAGUCUGCCCCUGAACCCAUCUCUGUCUCCUCAGUGCUGGGAGGACAGGCACACAGCACUACACCAAACUUUUUAAGUGGGUUCUGGGAAUGAACUCAGGUUCACGAAGUCACGACCUUACGCUUGUGGGUCAGUUUAGUGACUGAACCAUUCCUUCGUCCUCAGAACGAUUUUCUAAAUUACAUUUGUAUCUUCUCUUAUUUUUCUACUUGUUAUAAGAAAUAAAUA